UCCGCGGGCCGCACCGCCCGGGCCGGCGCCGCGCGCGGGGGAAGCUGGCGGGCUGAGGCGCCCCGCUCUUCUCCUCUUCCCCGGGCUGCCCCUCUGCCCCGGGCCCGCGAGGCCACGCGUCCCCACUCGAGAGAUGAUGCAGGACGUGUCCAGCUCUCCAGUCUCGCCGGCCGACGACAGCCUGAGCAACAGCGAGGAAGAGCCAGACCGGCAGCAGCCGCCGAGCGGCAAGCGCGGGGGACGCAAGCGGCGCAGCAGCCGGCGCAGCGCGGGCGGCGGCGCGGGGCCCGGCGGAGCCGCGAGCGGGGGCGUCGGAGGCGGCGACGAGCCGGGCAGCCCGGCCCAGGGCAAGCGCGGCAAGAAGUCUGCGGGCUGUGGCGGCGGCGGUGGCGGCGGCGCGGGCGGCGGCGGCAGCAGCAGCGGCGGCGGGAGCCCGCAGUCUUACGAGGAGCUGCAGACGCAGCGGGUCAUGGCCAACGUGCGGGAGCGCCAGCGCACCCAGUCGCUGAACGAGGCGUUCGCCGCGCUGCGGAAGAUCAUCCCCACGCUGCCCUCGGACAAGCUGAGCAAGAUUCAGACCCUCAAGCUGGCGGCCAGGUACAUCGACUUUCUCUACCAGGUUCUCCAGAGCGACGAGCUGGACUCCAAGAUGGCAAGCUGCAGCUAUGUGGCUCACGAGCGGCUCAGCUACGCCUUCUCGGUCUGGAGGAUGGAGGGGGCCUGGUCCAUGUCCGCGUCCCACUAGCAGGCGGAGCCCCCCACCCCCUCAGCAGGGCCGGAGACCUAG